CGGCACCACCUCACUCCGGCGAGUCCCCUCACACCGGUCUCCCUCUCUCACGCUCUCUCUUCCUCUCUCUCGGUUGUGCGCAGCCCGAAUGGGUUUGAUGUUGCUGUGCCGCCGUAUGCCAUCCUCCGGCGCCACCACCUUCACGUCGGUAGCCUCCUCUCCCACCGGCCAUCCCCCUCCAGCGAGCUCGGCCUCCAUCUCCGUGCCGUUUGCUCCCACGAAAUCUACCUCUCUCUUGCACGAGUUCUCCAUACCCACGGCGGAGAUCCACCUCCUCUGGCCACCGCACCACCACCGGGACCUCCUUUCGCCACCGACCAUCUCUCGUAGCCGUCCUCACGCCCAGCCGAGCCACCAUGGAUGCUCACCUUCCCUCACGGACGCGCACUUCCCCUUCGGCCACCUCCACCAAAUGGCAGCUUUGAAGAUUUUUAGCGUAAUGCUUGUUGCUUUCAUUCUGCUUAAUGCACAAGAAACAAAUGGUGCAUUAUCAGCAAGAACAUGGAGAGAGAUUUAUAAGGCUAACAGAAAUGGACCUUAUUUGGGGUUGGUGAUUCCAAACCUAUUUGAAAUGAAUCCUCUGCUUCAAUCUUCAAGCUUCACGUCUACUAAAUUAACAAUAGAUUUAGAUGGCAGGAGAUUUCGGUUUGGAACUGUUGGCGAGAAGAAAGUGAUCUUGGUCAUGACAGGACUUGGCAUGAUAAAUGCAGGGAUAACUACACAGCUUUUGUUGAGCCUUUUCAAGAUAGAGGGAGUCGUGCAUUACGGCAUAGCUGGAAAUGCGAACCCAUCCCUCAAUAUCGGAGAUGUGACCAUUCCUCAGUAUUGGUCGCAUGCCGGUCUCUGGAGUUGGCAGAGGUACGGGCAAGGGCCUGAAGAUGAGCUAGCCCUGGAAUCAAAUGGAGACUACACAAGGAAAUAUGGGUACUUGAAAUUUGCAAACUACACCGUAAAUGUCACACAUGGUAGCUCACACGACAACCUCUUGAACAAUAUUUGGUAUCAACCCGAGGAAGUAUUCCCCGUUGAUGGGACUCCUGAGGAGAGGCAGCAUGCCUUUUGGGUCGCCGUUGAUUCCCACUACUUCAAUAUCUCCAAAAAGCUUGAGGUUCUGAAACUAGAAGGUUGCAUUAACUCAACAACAUGUUUAUCGGAGACACCGAAAGUAACGACAGUGAAAAGAGGAACAAGUGCCAGCAUUUAUCUGGACAAUGCUGCAUACCGGAGCUUCAUAUACAACAAAUUCAAAGUAAGUCCGGUGGACAUGGAAAGUGCGUCCGUGGCACUCAUAUGUCUCGAACAAAAGGUGCCUUUCAUUAUUAUUAGGGCUCUCUCAGACUUGGCCGGUGGGGGCUCUGCCCAAUCAAAUGAGGCCAGCACUUUUACCUCUCUUGCCGCAAAUAAUUCAGUGAAGGUAGUUGUGGAAUUUAUCAAACUGCUAUAACCUUAAAUGUACCAGAACACCUGCCUCAUCUCGUUGAUCUUGUAUUUUUUUUUUUUUUGUAUUAUUGAACAAAAUGUGCCUUCCAUUAUUAUUAGGGCUCUCUAAUAUUCUUGGCCAGUGGGGGUUUUACCCAAUCAAAUGAGGCACUCUCUCAAAUGAACUCAGUGAAUCUUGUUGUAGAAUUUAUCCAGCUAUUAAUAUCAAUUUAAAUGUGCCAACUCAACCA